CCGGGGCGUGCCGUGGGCGUGCCCGGGCCUCGUCUAGCGGAGCUGCAGUCAGGUCGCUGGCGGCGCGGCCCUGUCCGGAGCGGCUCCUGUUCCCCGGGCCCGGCGCAGACUAAUUUUAGAAAAUGCCAAGUAGGAAAUUUGCCGAUGGUGAAGUGGUAAGAGGUCGAUGGCCUGGGAGUUCCCUCUAUUAUGAAGUGGAAAUUCUGAGCUUUGAUGGCAAAUCCCAGCUCUACGCCGUAAAGUACAAAGAUGGAACUGAACUGGAGUUAAAAGAGAGCGAUAUCAAGCCUCUAACGUCCUUCAAGCAAAGGAAGAGCAGCUCAGCUUCCAGUUCUCCCUCCAGACGCCGAGGGAGCCGUGGAAGCCGCAGGUCUCGGUCACGCUCCCGGUCCCCCGGCCGGCCGCUCAGAGGUUCCCGGAGAUCCACCUCCGCCUCCUGCCAGGCCGAUGUGAAGGAGAUGAGGAGGGAGAUUCUGGAAGUUAAAUUGACUCCGCUCGUAUUGAAGCCAUUUGGGAACAGCAUCAGCACGUACAAUGGAGGACCAGAGCCCAAGCAGAAUGAGGGGAAGGACUCGCCUCACAGAACCAUGCAGUCACAUGGUGAAGGGAAGGACAAGCCUCACAGAAGACCUCAGGAAAGAGUCACCAUGCCCCACAAAAGCAGUAAUGUGUCUACUCAGUAUAGCCUUCGACCAAGAAGAGAAGAGAUCAAAUUCAACGAAGUCAAUUCUAAGGGAGAAAAGCCUCUUGCUGAAGAACCUGAUUUGCUGAGAACAUUUCAUGUGGCCACCCCUCCCAGGAAGGAGAUGGAGUUUGGGGGUGUCCCUGGUGCGUUGCUCAUCAUGCUGGGCCUGCCCGCCGUCGCCCUCCUGCUGCUGUCCCUGUGCCGGGAGGAUGACCCGAGCCUCCUGCGUUUCCGGCCCACCUGGCCAGCACUGUGUGACCUGUGGGAGCCCCGGGCUGCAGCACUGUACCUCCUCUGGCUUUCCGUCCAAGCUCUGUUCUACCUGUUGCCAGUCGGGAAGGUUGUAGAAGGAUUGCCUCUUGUUGAUGGAAGAAGACUCAAGUAUAGAUUAAAUGGAUUCUCUGCUUUCGUCUUGACCGCUGCAGUCCUUGGUGCGGGUCUCCUCUGGGGUCUGCAGCUUCAUUACCUGUUCGACCACUUCCUCCAGUUGGCUGUUGCAGCCAUGGUGUUCACGGCUGUCCUGAGUGUUUACCUCUAUGCACGAGCCCAGAGCGCGCCCAGGGAUGAGCUGUCGCCGGCCAGCUGCGGAAACGCUAUCUAUGAUUUCUUCAUUGGCCGUGAGUUGAAUCCAAGAGUUGGUUCUUUUGAUCUCAAAUACUUCUGUGAACUGCGCCCUGGCUUGAUUGGAUGGGUGGUGAUUAACCUAGUGAUGCUUUUGGCUGAAAUGAAGGUGCAGAACCGGGCUACUCCAUCCUUGGCAAUGGUUUUGGUUAACAGCUUCCAGCUUCUGUACGUGGUGGAUGCUCUCUGGAAUGAGGAGGCGCUGCUGACAACCAUGGACAUUGUCCACGACGGGUUCGGGUUCAUGCUGGCCUUUGGGGAUCUGGUGUGGGUUCCUUUCACCUACAGCCUGCAGGCCUUUUACCUCGUCCACCAUCCCCACGAGUUGUCCUGGCCACUGGCCGCACUGAUCACCGCUCUGAAGCUUUGUGGAUAUGUAAUCUUCCGAUGUGCGAAUUCUCAGAAAAAUGCAUUCCGGAAAAAUCCCUCUGAUCCAAAGCUUGCGCAUUUGAAAACCAUUCACACUUCCACGGGGAAGAACCUCCUGGUGUCUGGAUGGUGGGGCUUUGUCCGCCACCCCAACUACCUGGGUGACCUCAUCAUGGCCCUGGCAUGGUCCCUGCCGUGUGGUUUUGAGCACGCCUUGCCAUACUUCUAUGUGGCCUACUUUUCGGUGCUGCUGGUGCACCGGGAGGCACGGGACGAGCAGCAGUGCCGGAGGAAGUACGGGCUGGCCUGGGAGCGGUACUGCCAGUGCGUGCCGUAUCGCCUGCUGCCCGGCGUGUACUGACCGCCUGCCCGCCUGCCUGCCGUGUUCCUGCUCCUGCUCCUGCUCCUGUUCGUGUUCAUGGAGCCCGGCAUGUCUGUCCUGGGCGUGCUGGAUGGGGGAGCCAAACAGGUCUUUAAUGAAGCCGUGUUUAUUUUUCAGUUGUAACAGUGUAAGGAAAGACACAAAUAAGAAUGUUAGACUUUGCAUCGUAACAGGAAAAUUUCAACCCUUAUGAAUCAGGAGACAAUUUUUCUUAUAAAUGCAUUGAAAAGAAUACUAUAAAUGUUCAUAGUAUUUUUAUUCCUUUUAAAUCUUGAUAUAUUUCCUUUUGCUGGUUGUUUUUGUUAAAACACGGUUACAUUUAAAAUACAUUUUUGUUUCAUUGCAUUAAGAGACUAGAACUGUCAUUCCUUUCUCUUUAAAGCACUUCCUAGCUAUGCGAUGUGAAAGGCAAGUGGCCUUGAACGCCGUGUGAGGAGGGUGAGGAGUGGUGCAGAUGUCACACUCGCUGGCAGGUGUUAGCCUCAGCUCCUAAACCUGCACUGGAAGAUGUAAAUAAAUAGCUCACUUUUAGGUACUAUAUAGUGACUGCGGAUUUCUUUUGUACAGUGUUUUCAAUGUGAGAUAAUUGUCAGAACUUAAUAGCUUUUUAACAAAACAGUUUUAGUAUUUAAAAUUACGCUUUAUAUAGAAAGUAAGACAUGUGAAUUAGAAAUUUUGAAACAAUUAGAAUUCACUUACUAUUGUAUAGAAGAUGCUGUUAAAACAUAGGAAAGGAGGGCUGGGGUGUAGCUCAGUGGCACCGUGCCUGCCUCGCAAGCCAGCGCAAGGUCCUGAGUUCAAUCCCUGGUACCAAAAAAAACAUAGCAAAGGUAUUUUUCUUAACCCAAAGUUUGUGAUUUUGGCUUUGCUACCUCAACUGUAGGUCGUGUUUGCUGUUAUAAACUGUUGCAAAUUGAAAAAAAUAGAAUAAAUAUAUAUUUUUGGAGGAACAUUGUUAUUUAAACAUUUUUACAUUUUAGUGUUUGAAAAAUUUGCCAUUUCAGGCUAAUAUUUUUAUAUUUUUUUACUUUUUCAAUUCAGCAGUGUUUUUGCUACUCCUUAUCUCAUGCAGUCUAUUCUCUAUUUCACGUACCAUUUAUAUCUGUAAAAUUUUACUUCUGGUGAAAGAGUGCUAUCUAAAAACUACCCAAGGGGUUUAAAAUUCUUUUAGUUUAAUAGAUGGGCAUAAGAUAGCUUUAGCCUUUAAAUUAUAAUGAAGUUGUUGUAGCCUUAUUCAUUACUGGUUGUCUUGUAAUGGAACAGCCGCAAAUUCACUAAACUUCUAUAUUCAAAACUAAAUUGUUCCCAGUAUCAUAAGUAUAGGGGAAUGUAGUGCAUAUGCCAUGUGUUACACAGGAAUGCAGUGCACAUGUCGUGUGCUACACGGGAACACAGUGCACAUGUUGUGUGCUACAUGGGAGAAUGCACUACAGUUUAGAUAGGAGCCCUUGGGUAUAUGCAGUGUUCAUCCCACUCUGCAGUUGGAAGUGUGUACAACUUAGUCUAUGAAUGUGAUCAUGAAGUUGGUUUGCUAGUCUGGUGUUCUGGGUCCUGUAAUCUUUAAACAUUGUUUUGGUGAAGCUGUCAGUAUCUCCCUAGUGCUUAUGUAUGUCAUCAGGCUUUUCUUUGCUGUUUUACUGCUUCUCUCCUGGUGCUGGAAAGUGGUGUGUAGUGUUUUCUGUGCUGGACCUACCGUGAAGGCUUGGGUGGGGUGGAAGGGAUUUCAGUUCUCUCCCUGGCAAUGAAGAGAGCUUGGUAUCAAGGGUUGCAUUUUUCUAUAUUAUCUACAGUUUGUUUUAAAUUUUGCUUUUGAAACAUUUGACAAGCUUUACAAUGAAGUUUUAAGUUGGAAAUAAAGUUGAAAAUAAAAAUGUUGCUUUGA